AUGAAGAGUCCAAUAAUUCUUUCCACUUUCAUAUCCAUUCUUCUUCUCACCAUCUCUUCGUGCUCAUCAACAAACGAUCACGAAGAGUUUCUCGAAUGUCUUACCGAACGAUACCACAACUCUAUAUCCAACGUGACUUACUCCCCAAACAACUCAUCCUAUGCAUCCAUCCUCCGAUUUUCCAUCCAUAACCUUAGAUUCACUUCCCAAUCGACCCCGAGACCCCAAGUAAUCAUAACUCCCGAGCACGAAUCCCAAGUCCCUCCCGUCGUCCAUUGCGCUAGAGAAAACGACAUGGAGAUCAGAAUCCGGAGCGGGGGCCACGAUUACGAAGGUUUAUCCUACGUAUCCCAAGUCCCGUUCGUAAUCCUCGACUUAAUCAACCUUAGCGAGAUAUCAGUUGAUCCCGAGUCGAAGACUGCAUGGAGCGUAGCCCACACAAUCGACCCGAAUUUAUUCGUCAUGAUACUAAUCACGAGGGGAAACUCGGUCCGUGUCACGUUCAACUCGACUUUCCUCGGUGGGGCCGACGAGUUGCUCUCGAUUAUGCAACAAAAUUUUUCAGAGCUAGGGUUGACGAGAGAAGACUGCACUGAGAUGAGCUGGAUCGAUUCGGUUCUUUACUUCGCGGGCUCUCCAAACGAACCACGCGAGGUUUUGCUAAACCGGACGCAACCUUUCGUGAGGUAUUUCAAGGCAAAAUCGGAUUUCGUGCAGAGACCGAUUCCCGAGCAAGGUCUCGAGGGCAUGUGGAGAUUAUUCUACGAGCCCGAAAGCGAGGAGGCCUUAGUCAUUAUGGUCCCAUUUGGCGGCGUGAUGGAUAAUAUUUCCGAGUCGGAUAUCUCGUUUCCUCACCGGGCCGGAAAUAUGUACAUAAUCCAAUAUUAUGCGUACUGGCAAGAGGGCAAUGCUCGGAAUUCAGACAGAUACAUAAGAUGGAUUAGGCGGCUCUAUAGCUACAUGGCUCCUUACGUGUCGAGUUUGCCUCGGGCCGCGUAUGUUAACUGUCGAGAUGUCGAUAUUGGAGUUAACAACAAUGAAGGGAGGAUCGAUUAUGCUCGGGCGAGCGUUUGGGGAAGGAAGUAUUUCGGGAACAAUUUCGACCGACUAGUUCGGGUGAAAACCGCGGUGGAUCGAGACAAUUUCUUCAGGAGUGAACAGAGUAUACCAUCGCUAUAUGAAGAAGUAGAUGACUGA